AUGAGGAUCGUACUAUGCGGCCUUCUGGUAACGGCAGCGUCUCUCGCCUGGACACUAGAGAACCCAGCUUGUGGAAUUGGGCCUGAACGCGACAAGGACAAAUGGGUGCAAAGAGUCCAGUUGCUGCAGCACGUGUGCUUCGACUCUGACCUCGACAGUUUCUCCAAGUUCAGAGACACCAGGGACACGCCGUUUGUCCAACAGUUCCAGUUCGACUGGACAACCGACGCGUGCACAAUCGUGCCCAACCAGGCCAGUCUGGCGGGCUCGUUUGCCCCAGCCUGCAUAAAACACGACUUCUGCUACCGCAACCUCAAGCCUGUGGGGAUUUUCUUCGAAUCUGUCAGGGCUUCUGUGGAUGAAAACUUCUUCAAGGACAUGUCUAGCACAUGUCCCAGUUGGGAUGAUUUCCUCCGCAUCCCCUUGAUCCCAAACUGUGAAGCUGCUGCUGGUCUUUACUACAUGGGAGUCAGGCUUCUCGGCGAGUUUGCAGCCAAGGAAGAUCGCACGCCGCGUCUAUACAGGGACAAGCCAAUGCAAACGCCAUACUUGCCGGAUGUCGGGGACUCGGCUUCAACCAUCUGGGAUAACAGAGAAUGCCAAGGCAAAACGAAACGAUGGCGGGAACAGCAGCUUCAAGCUAAUCCACUGCGUACCGACCAAAAAGUGCACACGCCUGCGAAUGUGUGA